AUGGAAGAUAAACCUCUGGGGAUUCUUAGGGUUCAUGUCAAAAGAGGGAUUAAUCUCGCCAUUCGCGAUUCCACUAGCAGUGAUCCUUAUGUUGUUGUCACCUUGGGUAAUCAGAAACUGAAGACGCGUGUGAUCAAUAGUAAUUGUAAUCCAGUGUGGAACGAACAACUGACCCUUUCCAUCAAAGAUGUCAAUGACCCUAUCCGUCUGACAGUGUAUGAUAAAGACAGGUUCUCGGGAGAUGACAAAAUGGGCGAUGGGGAAAUAGACAUGAGGCCUUUCUUAGAAGCGCAUCAAAUGGAGUUAGAUUUUCAGAAGCUCCCCAAUGGUUGUGCAAUCAAGAGGAUCCGUCCAGGGAGGACUAACUGUUUGGCUGAGGAGAGCAGCAUCACCUGGAGCAAUGGGAAGAUCAAACAAGACAUGAUUCUUAGACUAAGGAACGUGGAGUGUGGGGAACUGGAGAUUAUGCUUGAGUGGACUGAUGGUCCUGGCUGCAAGGGUCUUGGACGCGAAGGAUCUAAGAAGACACCAUGGAUGCCAACUAAACGAUUGGACUAA